AUGUCGCUGAGUGGAAAGGUAUAUCUGGUGACUGGAUCUACCGAUGGCAUCGGAAAGGAGACGGCUUAUCGACUGGCCGCCGAAGACGCCACUGUGUUGAUACAUGGUAGGAGUCUGUACAAGGGACAGAGAGUUGCGAACAGGUUGAAAUCUAAAUUUAAAAACUCAAUUAUUGAUUUGUUCAUCGCCGAUUUGUCGUCGUUUCAGCAAAUUCGGGAUCUUUCGCGGGCGAUCCAUGACAAGUACGACUGCAUCGACGUUAUCGUCCACAAUGCCGGUGUCUUUGAAGAAAAACGGAAAGAGAGCGAAGACGGAUACGAACUGACGUUCGCUGUCAACGUGCUAGCACCGUUUCUUCUGACGUACCUGUUGAUAGACAUUGUACCUAAACACAGUAACGGCCGUAUUGUCGUCGUUAGCUGCAUGUCGCACUCGGACUCCAUCGAUUUACAAGACUUGCAAUUAGAAAAAUGCUACGAUGGGAUAACCGCUUAUGAAUUAUCAAAACUUUGUGCUAUAAUGAUGACGUACGAAAUGGCCGAACGACUUCGAAAACUCGGGAUUACGACCAACACUCUUGAUCCAGGCCUUGUUGACACGUCGCUCUUGCACGCGGGCUGGCCGGAGUUUCACGGCAUGCCCGCCGAGGAAGCCGACAGCGGCUUCUUUUUGGCAACCGACAAACAAUUUAUAGACGUCACUGGCAAGUAUUUUGUCCGUAACAGGGAGAGUGGAUCGGCUGAAAUAUCAUACGACCAGACAAAGCGGGAGAAACUGUGGCAGAAGUUGGAAGAUUUUACCGAUAUCUCAUUCUCCGACGUGAUCUCGCCAACACAUGUGAUCGCGACGCGUGCAGAUUUCCUCGACUAG